AUGCAGAAACAUGUCACACAGCUAUGUGACUCCGACCGCAUCGACGAUGAUAGCGCCCAGCCAUCGCGCAUUGCCCUCUGGAGCAAACUGCCGCCGCGCCUUGAAGAUCUUAGCCUAAGCAACCCAGACAAUUUGAGCAACGGGGCCCAGAAACGGGGAAACCACAAGGAAAAUGUCAAACUUUCCCGCUCCAAGAAGGCGGGCCGGGCCGCAGGCAAGUCCAAUACUGUCCACGACCCUAGCCACGCCACCAGCCUUGAUCCCAGCCCUGCUACCAGCGAGGAAACGGGAGUCGGUUCCGGGCUCCAGGAGCUCAAGAAGGAAGCCAUGCAGCACUAUAAGAAGUGGCAGGCGGCUGUGCAGAAGAGAAUCGCCGACAUUUCCGUCAAGAAGAUUGGCGACGCUCAAGCAAGCCAGUCGCAGUUGUCCGGAGCAAAGAGGGACGCCGGCUCCCACAGGAAGAACAAGUCAAGCGCGCUAAGAGUGCCCGCUUCCGCUGCAUCGACCGUGGAGACCGAUACAGUUUUCGAGCAACUGUACCCUCCAACCCCGACCACACUUUCCUCGCUACCGACAGAGAAGAGAUGUCUGCUGCUCCAUGCACUCCUCCUCUUGUUGCUCUCACUUGAAAGCUACGGCGCAUUAACCCGCGUGCUCCUCCUGAACAUUGCCUCCUCGCUUCAUCUGCCCCUUCGCCUGCUAGCUGAAGACGAGGUCCGCGUGGCUGGAGGCCUGUCCAGCAUCGCCAAGGAUAUCCCGCCGGAGGCUUUGACGCAGAAAAGGACGGAAGAUGGCAAGCCAGCUAGAAGGUGGAAAGCGAGCAUAGCUGCUGGAGCAGUCACGGGAGCAGCUGGCAGUCUUGCCGAGCCACUGGUAGCAGCGGGUAUAGGGACCGUGCCCGGGGGCAUGGGGCUCAGUGGCACGGCUGCGUCGGGGCUACUUGGAGUGAUGGCGGAGAAUGGCGUCGUCGUCGGCGUGAUGUUCGGUAUGUACGGCUCACGGUCCACGGGCAAGAUGAUGGAGCACCAUCUCAAGGAUGUUGCCGAUUUCGCCUUCAUUCCGCUCCGCGGCUCCAUCGACCGCGACUCCGAGAUGGGAAAAGUCACGUCAGCCACUCGCCGUCUCCGAGUCACCCUGGGCAUCAGCGGGUGGCUGACGAGUAGGGAGGAGUCGGCGAAACCCUGGCGGUUCCUGGGGCAGGAUAGUGAAGUGUAUACGGUUCGUUGGGAGCUCGACGCUUUGACCAAGUUGGGCAACUCUUUUGAGACACUCCUGAGGAGCGCGGCGUGGUCCACGGCAAAGAAGGAAAUCAUUGCUCGGACCAGUGAGCUCCGUUCCAGGCAUCCAAGACACACUGCAAACAGAGCUAACCAACGUGGACCAGUUGUCACCAGCCUGUCAGAGGCACGCUGGCCCACAAGUCUCGUGAGAAUUAGCAAGAUCAUUGACAACAACUGGAACAAUGGCAUGGUUCGCGCUGACAAACUGGGCGCCGCUCUCGCCGAGGUUAUUAUAAGCAGACAACAGGGCGAGCGGGGUGUUUCGCUGAUCGGCUAUAGCUUGGGCGCUCGUGCUAUCUAUGCCUGCCUCAUGGCUUUGGCUGAGAAGCGAGCUUUUGGUCUGGUUGAGAACGCUGUCAUGAUGGGUACGCCUGCCCCAUCUGACCCGACCGUGUGGUGUGUCAUGAAGAUGGUCGUCUCGGGUCGCCUGGUCAAUGUGUACUCCGAGAACGACUACCUCCUGGGAUUUCUCUCGCGAACCAGCAGCAUCGAGUUUGGCAUUGCCGGACUGCAGCGCGUCACCGGGGUUGACGGUGUCGAGAACGUGGACGUUACUGCUAAGAUCAGUAUCCACACGCGAUACCAGUACCUCGCUGGCACCAUCCUGCGACAUAUCGGCUGGGAGAACAUCGAUAGCGACCAGAUUGCCAGGGAUGAAUCCGACAUGUCCUGCUAUGAGGAUCGCAACCGGAAAAUUGAGCAGAGGCGGGAGGCGCUCGAAUUGGGAAAGUUCACUGUGGAAGAAGGCAGGAAAGAGCAUGAGCAAGGUAUAAUUCGCACUCGGAUGCGAAAAAAGAAGAAGUGAGUGGCCGGGUCGGCAGGAACGAGGUCGUCUGAGAUCGACAUCACCGGCGUUGUCUAUGAACGCGAUAGCAUGUCCUUGAGAUAGCAUUUUCGUGGCGAACGGCAGGCUAUGGAGGCCGCCAUGUUGCCUGUUUGGCGUAAAGCAUUAGCAUCUGAUUUGAGCCCAAGUGGGCGUCCUAUGGAGGAGAGACAAACCAAGGCAUAGCAACACGAUACCUGUUAGCGCC